AUGGUAAUUAAUGCACGUUCACUUCGAAACAAGCUUCUUGACUUUCAGGCGGUUGUUUAUACCAGAAAAAUCGAUAUUAUCAUUGUAUCGGAGCCCUGGCUUGACAACACUGUACCUGAUUAUGAAAUUUUGCCAAAUGGAUAUACAAUCUUCAGGAAAGAUCGAAUUGGCCGCAGAGGCGGUGUUGUGUUGUUGGCAUUCAAAUCUCAGAGCAUGGCCUGGAGAAGAUAUGACUUAGAGGCUAACUGCGAAUUAGUAAGGUGUGAAUUCCUUUCGUCGCUUGGUCAAAAGAUCUUAUUUGGUGUUUACUAUCGCCCACCGAACACUGGUGUUGAGUAUUUUCAGUGUCUACGGACUCACUUGCUACCAUCGAUGACAAAUUUGACAAAAUUUUUCUUGCCGGUGAUUUUAACCUCCCCAGUUUUGACUGGAUUAACCAGGUUCCACUCUCCUCUAAGCCUUUAUACUUCGAUGCUUACGAACUUUUGAACGAUUCAUUUCUUACUCAAGUAAAUUUUCACCCCACUCGUAAUAACAGCAUUUUGGAUUUGGUGCUUACUACUGUCCAGAUCUCAUAUCUGAUAUAUAUUCUUUUCAAGAUAUUGUGGACUCUGAUCAUAACUGUGUAUCUUUCAAGGUUCAUUUUGCUCCUACCACUUCAAGGCCUGUGA